AUGAGUCACUUUUUGAUUGUUGGUCCACCACAAAGCUCAUUAGAAAAGAAAUAUACCCGUCAAUUAAAUUCAUUACUGUUUGCUAAUGGAUGUGAGCAAAUCAACGAUAAUAAAACUCAAUAUUUGUCGGAUUUGUUUCAAUCGAAUUUGGCUCUCUAUAGUCAGUUUACAUUUGAUGAUCAUCAACAAUCAUUACCCGAAGACAAUGAGUUUCUCAUGUCUAUUUAUGAAAAUAUUGGUCAAGGUGCACAAUUGAUCGAGAAAAUGAGAUCUCAUAUUAAAGAAAAGCAUCGUUUAUUACAAAAAUCAAUCGAAAAAUUAGCAAAUGAUGCCUGUGCUGCUCUAUUUGCUGUCUAUAUAAAACAUUAUCGACGGAUCAAUUUAGCCAAAUCUGAAAUAUCUCGAACGGAUGAUCGAAGACCACACAGUAAACUCUUGUCCAUUUUCGAAUAUACCAAUCGUGUUCAAAUGUUAUUCGCUAAAGUCCGAGGACAAGGUGGUGAUUGUCAAGAACUUUGCAAUCAUAUUAAAACUAAUUCACGUUUUCUCUUAUUAUCUGUCAAGGAAAAUCAUUUGAUUCCGAUUAUCUACGAAGAUACGAAACAGCAAUCAGGAACAAAUAUUACGCUCAUGGAUAAUGAACAUAACAGAAGAACAUUGAAACUAAGACGACAAGAUUCACGAUGGACAAAAGCAAAACUUAUUUUUCGAAUGCUUCGAAAUACAUUACAAGCUUGUAUUCAGUUGAAAAAAUUGAUGAUGUCCAAGAAAGAAAUGAUCGAUCAAAAACGAGACAAUGAAUAUGUUCUUCAUGAAAUCAUCGAUGCCUAUGUUUAUGGAGAUUGUUACGAAGGCAAUAUGUCGACUAUAAUUGAAGAAAAGAAAUCUAAAUCCGAACAUAUGCUUCAGUGUAUGUCAAGACAAUAUGAAAGAUCUAUUACAAGACUGAUCACAUAUCGAUUUAGUCAAGCAUUUCUUCGGAAAUUAUUCGAUGUUAAAGAUGAAAAUCGAAUUCGUAUUAUUGCGACUAUUUAUUUACGACAUUUGAGACAAGUCAAUUUAGAUUGGUUGUAUUUGGAAAAUAUCGAAGCAUCAAAUAGUGUACUGAAAGAAGAAAUCAGUAAUAGCUACUAUGGAUGCAUCAAACUUGUUCUUUCCUAUUUAUUACAAUCGAAUAGUUCUGAAACAAUGGUCUUGGUAUCAUCGAUGUUCAAUCUACUGAAUCUAUCCUAUCAAUCAGUUGAUAUUUAUAAUUUGCAUCGUUAUCAAUUUAUUGAAACAUUUUUUACAUCGUUUAUUAGUUUGACAAAAACAUUCGAUGAUCUUACAGUAUUGAAAACAAAUUUCAUUGAAUAUAAUUGGUUUCGAUUGUUUACAUUGAGAUUAUGUGAAAAUAUUCAAAUUGAAGAAUGGAAUGUUUUCAAUUCAAUUGGUGGAAAAUUCAAUGUACAACAAAUCACACCAGAUAUCAUAACUGAAUUAAUUAAUUUCUAUCGAACAAUCAUGUCACUUAAAUCUCCAUGGCAAUCGAUAGCUACACAACUUGUUAUUGAUAGUAUUGCCUCGAAUUUCAAUGAUUUCAAGUCGUUUGAUAAUAUUGAUAAAAGUCAAGUAAUUGAUUUCAUUGCAUCAUUAUGUAUAUUAGGUGGAUAUAUUCAGCCAUAUUGUCUAGGUUCGAUUGUAAAAAUCUAUGUUGAUGAUGAAAAUCGUCAUGAAUUUCAUUUGGGAUUAAUCACAGAAGUAGAUAUCAAUGCUCGAGAUUUAGGUACACCUGAAAAAUCGCCCUAUUAUGUUCAAUAUUUUCACAUAGACAAAGCUGAAUGGAUCACAGCCGAUAAAUUAAAACUUGAGAUUAAUGUUCCACCACCAAAUCCAUACUUGUUUCCUCAUGCUGACGAAACAAUCGAUUUGAUUCUUGAUAAAUUUGGUUCUUUCAUACAGUUGGAUACAUCAACAUUCGAUUCCAUACUUGUGUUACAACUGAAACGUCGCUGUAUUGGCGCAUUAUAUCAGUUGUUAAAUGAUAGAAAACUAAUAGAAAUAUUUAUGCAAAAAUCCUAUGCAUCAUAUCUUGCGAAAUUAGCUGUCUGUAGUUUACCAUUGAAAACUCGACUUCAGUUAUUUGAUUUACGUCAUUUUAGUAAAGAUCAUUUAGAACAAUAUUGUUUAAGUCUAGACAACUGUGAAUAUUUAAAACAAAUAUUAGGAGAUGAUCAUGAAAAAGAAAAUUUUCAUUAUGAUAUGAAGCAAAAUGAUACAACUGAUAUAUCAUCGUUUAGCGUUUGGGAUAAUAUUCCAAUUCAUCGUGACCCAAAGAUUGUCGAUACUUUAACUGCCAGUUCAUUGAAAUACAAUGGAUGGAAAGUAUAUGCAUCAGAAGCUGAAAUCGAACUAUUUAAACGAGGUCGAAUAGGAAACGAUGACAUGUGUGUUACUCCAAUGCCCUAUCGAAUUCCUGCCGCACAGACUUUUCAAGAAUGUGGUAAUAACCAUAAAUUUCUAGGACGUAUUGACACGAGAGACGAUAGUAGUCAUGGCAACUUUCCGACUUAUAUUCUUGAUAAUGUGCAAGUGAGUGAAGGAAAAUGGUACUUUUGUGUGAAAUUGCCACUCGGUGAACUUGUUCAAAUCGGAUGGGCAACAACUGGAUUCUCGCCUGAUUCCAGGAAUGGUCUUGGAAUAGGCGAUGAUUCCCAUUCAUGGUCGUACGAUGGAUCACGACAAGUUCUCUUCCAUGAUGGUAGUUAUGAUUAUCCAGUUGAUGAUAUUCAUUGGAAACAAAACGAUGUAUGUGGAUGUGGAAUUGAAAUCGAUAGUGAAAAUACUCGAAUCAAAUAUUGGCUGAAUGGACAAUGCUUAGGUACAGCUUUUGCGCAUCAGUCAUAUCGCGGAUCAUCACGAUUGAAGUGUGACAUGAAGCCCAAUGGACCAAAUACUAGCUAUUUUCCGGGCGUCUCUAUGCAAUCGUAUAGUUAUUGCUCAAAUUGUUGUGAAUUUAUACUUAGUCCAGAAGAUAUGAUCGCAUGCCCAUUGCCCGAUGGUUACAAGCCACUCUUAUUACCAAAAUUAGUUAACACUGAAAAUUCGAUUGUGGCCUAUCCUUUUAGCGCUUAUUUAAUCGGAGACGAUAUUGAAAAUUACAUCUACGCAUCACGAUUGAGUACUUCAACCAUUCGUCUGCGUGAUUUUGUCAAUGAAAAUCAUUUAGAAACCUCGUUCAUUCUUGAUAAUCAUUAUCUAAUAUUACCAGAAAAUAGUGGUGGUUUAUCAUUUUCGAUCGAUAAUUCAACGUUUCCAUCAACAAUUAGCUUUGAUUUUAAAUUUGUAACCACAGAAAAUAAUAAUUCAGACUGUAAAACUAACAUUCAUCUAUUGACAUUGAACUCACUGAAAUUAUUCUCAAUAGAAAUACCAAUAUCGAAUGAAGUCAACGAAGAGAUAAGAAUAGCAAUUAUAUUCUAUCCGAACGAACAACAAACAAAAUUGUAUAUGAACAAUAAAUGUCGAAUAUUUUAUGGAGGAUUUGAUUAUGAAAGGACAGAUAAUAUGAUUUUGCACAUUUUACCCAAUGGUGGUGUUGCAAUUCGAAAUCUUGCAAUAUGGAAAUAUGCUCUAUCUGAAGAACAUAUUCAUCGUCUCUUCACAUAUGGACUAUCCUAUGUCGCCAGUGAUAAUGAACAAUUGAAAGAAUAUCGAAGACAAGUCAACGUAUUCACAUUUAGCGAAAAUCAACAAAUAUUUGCUAAUGAAUUACUUGUACCAUUUAAUCAACCAUUCGAAGAGAAUUUGUGGCAGAAAAAGAAAAUACAAGUCGAGAAUGAUGAAUCGAAAUAUUUCAAAACAAUUCAUAGAACUAAUCAAUCUGUUGUGCAAUUAUUUGGAAAUAAAACUUAUCUCGUUCUAGAUAUAUCCACUGUACAUAAUUCUGAAUUAACACUUAUUCUUGAUAUUUAUGUACCGAAUUUUCCAAAGAAUAAUGAACAAUUGACAUUAGUAAUGUUAAAUUCAAAGUUAAGCAUUUGGAUAGCACAUGAUGGUCGUCUUUUUCUUUCAUCAGAUGAUCGAACAUUGAACAUGAGUACAUUACAUUUUCCACUGAACAAAUGCGUACGUUUUGUUGUUUUGAUCGAUGAUAAUUAUGGAAAAAUCUAUCUAAAUGGAUCAUUGGCACUCGAAAACGAUAAGUUUACGCUGAAAACAAAUCCCAUUUAUUUGUUUAGAGAAAAAAAUUCGACAACGAAUACAACGACCGACGAUAUAUUACGAAUAGAAUGUAAAUUGAUCGCUUUUCUUAAUCAAGCUGUUUCGAUUGAUCAUGCAAUGGAAUCACCAGACUAUUCUCUAGAAUCAUGGCUUACACCACCUCUAUCACUUAUUGUAUCACGUUUAACUGCUAUUGGAUAUAAAGAAACAUGGAUCACAUCGGUCAUCAAACAAUCCAAGACAUUCACAUUUCAAAUAGCCGAUAAGCUUAUUCGUGAACAAAAAGAACAAUUAAUCAAAAACGAUCUGAAGAAUCGACGAGAAUAUUAUUUCAACAUUUUAUCACAGUUAGCUCCAUCUAUUGAUAAAGAAAAGUUAGAAGAUAAGAUAAUGUUUACCAAGCUUGAAAAUGAAGUCCAAUUGUUAGCAGUGGCUGAGUUGAUGUUGACUAGUUGGAAUGAUUUACAAAUACCAACAAUCUCAAUUGAUGACAACGACGCCAUGGAAAGUGAAUCAGAAGACACCAAAUGGUUUCAGAAAGCUCUACGUGGUUUAUGUACGAAAAAUAGCUUUACAGAAUGGAUUCAAAAUAGAUCAAUAAGUAAUCAUAAUGAUGAACUCGUUUAUCAACUUCUCGAUUUGAAUAAAACAGAACUAGAACAAUCGGUUAUGAUGACAAUGACAGAAAGUUCACGAAAGACAAUACAAAAAUCGAUUCAAUAUUCACAUCAACAACUUUCACAGAAACGAUAUUUCGAUUCACGAAUUGCUUGUGAACAAGGAUUAAUCUUAAUCUAUGCACGAGAAACUGUUUUCAAUCUUCUCAAAAUCUGGUCGAACAAUGGUCAAAGUUUAUUUCAAAUAGAAAAACUUGAAUAUGUUCGCAGACCUACAAUUGAAUUUGAUCUAGUUAAAGCCACUAUGGUGAGUGAAAAUGGCGAAAAUACUAUGUUUUAUCAAGCCUAUGAACAAUUACAUAAAGAUGCUUAUAGAUCAUUUCGAAACGAGGAUGAUCAUCUAUGGGAAGCAACUUAUAUUGGCAUGUACAGCAUUGAUGCAGGUGGACCUUAUCGUGAUUCAAUCACAUGUAUUUGCUCCGAUAUUUGUAGUACACGAUUACCAUUAUUUAUUUUAUGUCCAAAUGGACGAGCAAAUAUUGGCUUGAAUCGUGAUCGCUGGAUACCGAAUGUAUUUCCACCAAAUGAAUCUAUUCCAGAUACAUUUAAAAAUCAAUAUCGAUUCGUUGGACAAUUGCUGGGUAUGGCAAUACGAAAGAAACAUUAUUUAGAUUUUAAAUUUCCCAUAUUUCUGUGGAAACAAUUAGCAAGAGAACAAGUGACUAUUGAAGAUAUUGAAGCAAUUGAUAUACAAUGUUUUAAAAUAAUAAAAGAAAUACAAGCAAAUUUUGUUCAAGAUGAAUUUGUCGAUAUAAAUGUUGAUAUCAAUUAUUUGUUUAGUAGUAUUAUGAGUGAACUUCGAUUUGAAGUUAUCAAUUCAGCUGGACAAUCUUAUGAACUUAUUCCUGGUGGCAAAGAAAUUACAUUGACAGCAACUAAUUUCAAAGAUUACUGUACAAAAUAUCAUGAAUAUCAUUUGAAUGAAUUUAAUCGUCAAAUUGAAUUCAUUCGUCAAGGAUUGUAUAGUGUUGUUCCAUGUUAUUAUUUGAGCUUAUUUACAGCCGGUGAACUUGAAGAAGCCGUAUGUGGAAAAGGCCAUAUUGAUAUAGAACUUCUAAAAAGAAACACGCAUUACGGUGAUUCAAAUAAUCAAGAUUUACCACAUAUUGAACGAUUUUGGACAGUUCUAAGUGAAAUGUUCAAUGAGGAACAAAAGAAAUCGUUUAUUAUUUUCGUUUGGGGACGAAGUACAUUACCACGUUCGAAUGAAGAUUUUACAUGCAAAUUUUGUAUCAAUUCAUACUAUGCAUCACCUGAUGAAGUAGAUAAAGUGCUUCCACAAUCGCAUACAUGUACUUUUACUCUUGAUUUACCCGAAUAUUCGACAACGGAUAUUAUGUACCAACGUCUAAACUAUGCCAUCACAAAUUGUUCUAGUAUUGAUGGUGAUGGUUAA